AUGGUGUUCAAGCCGUUCAAGCCUCCUUUGAUAAGGAAACCAUCCCUACCGGCCACUUCGACCUCAAUUCCGUCUAAAAAUCUUCCAGAAAGUGAUGUUCCUCCGGCAAAGAAACAACGCGUGAAUCCAGAAUGCGCAACUGAUGACCGAAAGCCUUUGGUGCAAGUGAAAAACAUUGGGAGGAUGUCCGAUGAUAAGAGCAAUGGAGCGGACGCGACUGGCGAAAAAUAUUUCAAUGUGUUAUGGCGCAAGCCUACCACUAAGAAGAACAAAACCUGGGAUGGUGAUGGAAUUCUUUGCACAAGAGGUGGCUAUGCCUAUUUGCAAGACAUCUCUGGAAGGGACAUGGGCAGAGCAAUACAUGGUUCGUAUCUCGAACCAGGUGUUAUGAUUUCGAUCGGAGGGAAAGAAGUUGAGGUAGAUUCGGAAAUUUCAAGAAAGGAAUAUCUAUCUGGCAAAGAGUUACUAGGGACAAAGGAGACUCCAACCCCGCCAUCGCCGCCAAAGAAAACGUUUGUCCCUGUUGUGAGUAGCCGACACGAUACUUCAAAAUCUGCCGUGUCUUGGAAACAGGCCCCUAGCAAGGGAACCCACACAGCGACUAUUGCGAACCUUGCUUCUUCGAAGCCCAAAUUAAAAAGUAGUGCAUAUAAAAAUUCUCUGUUGGAAAGCACAGUUGUACCUCAGAUGUCAACGGAUCAACCGACCCCGCGUCAUGACCCCAACCAACCAGGAGCACUGGUGAUGAAACGGCCAGAAUCUGUACCCCGUGGAAAGCGGAUUGUUGACGUCGUUGUCGAUCCUAUAAUAUGCAAGCAUCUGCGGCCACAUCAACGUGAGGGAGUGAAAUUCCUCUAUGAGUGCGUAAUGGGGAUGAGAUCAUUCAAUGGUGAGGGUGCUAUACUAGCGGAUGAUAUGGGGCUCGGUAAAACUUUGCAGACAAUAACGCUUCUAUGGACACUUUUAAAACAGAACCCGGUUUAUGAAGCUGGCCCUGUGAUUAAGAAAGCUCUCAUUGUAUGCCCAGUGACUCUUAUCAACAACUGGAGGAAGGAAUUCCGCAAAUGGCUUGGGAACGAACGAAUUGGUGUUUUUGUUUUUGACGACAGAAGGAAACGACUGACUGAUUUUACAAUGGGCAGAGCUUACAGUAUCAUGAUUAUGGGUUAUGAAAAAUUGAGAACGGUCCAAGAGGGGCUAGCCAGAGGUGCUGGGGUCGAUAUUAUCAUCGCAGAUGAGGGCCACAGGUUGAAAACACUUCAGAACAAAAGUGGCCAAGCAAUACAGUCACUAAACACAACGAAAAGAAUUAUCUUGUCAGGUACUCCGAUCCAGAAUGACCUGAAGGAAUUUUUUGCGGCGGUAGAUUUGGUAAAUCCCGGAGUCCUGGGUACUUUCAAGACAUUUAUCCGGGAGUUCGAAGGCCCAAUCGUGAGAAGCAGACAGCCAGAAGCAACCAGAAAGGAUAUAGAGAAAGGUGAAGUAAGGAGUGAUGAACUACGGGAGCUUACUUCGAAGUUCAUGCUACGCAGAACAGCUGAUAUUCUGGCCAAAUACCUUCCUCCGAAGUCAGAGUAUGUGUUGUUUUGUAAUCCAACUCGAACCCAAGCUACUAUAUACCAAAACGUGCUUGUAUCCCCGGUAUUUCAGAGCGUCCUAGGCAGCUCAGAAAAUGCUCUGCAUCUUAUAACGAUCCUUAAGAAAUUAUGCAAUAGUCCUUCUCUUCUCUCACCCAAGAACCAGGAGGAAAACUCCAACGACACAGUUGCCGCAUUGUUAUCUUCUCUUCCGCCAAAUCUGCUACGGCAUUUUUCGCCGUCUUCCAGUGCCAAAAUCCGAGUGCUAGAUCAACUCUUAUAUACCCUACAUACGAAAACGUCAGAAAAGAUUGUCCUUGUUUCAAACUAUACCUCCACGCUGAAUUUAUUAGCCAGCCUUCUCACAUCCCUCUCUCUUCCAUUCCUCCGUCUAGACGGCUCAACACCGGCUCAGAAACGCCAAUCUCUGGUUGAGGACUUCAAUCGUCUUCCAACAAAUCUGUGCUUUGCAUUCCUGCUGUCCGCGAAGGCAGGAGGCACAGGACUCAAUCUGAUAGGGGCCAGUCGGCUUGUACUAUUCGAUGUAGACUGGAAUCCAGCCACUGACAUCCAAGCUAUGGCUCGAAUCCACCGCGAUGGCCAGAAACGCCCAUGUCGAAUAUACCGCAUCCUACUCAAAGGCAGUCUGGAGGAAAAAAUAUGGCAACGCCAGGUGACAAAGCUCGGGCUUGCUGACAGCGUCAUGGAGAACAAAGACACUGUGGCCCAGUUCUCCCGGGAUGAACUGAAGGACCUCUUCCGUCUAGAUCAGGAAAGCCAAUGCCAAACCCACGAUUUACUAAACUGCGACUGCCAAGGAACGGGACAACUCGUUACGCACUCUGAUGAUGACUCAAAAGAAGUCUCUGAUACUGACAAAUCCUCUGCGGAAGGAGAUGAGGAAGACUUCCCGGACCUCCCAGCCCUCAUUAAAGCCUCCCAGCUCGACAUUGAGAAGCAAGAGCGCUCAAUCAGAGCCUGGACCUCCGCUGCGCGUACCCGCUCCACACGGCCUUCGAGCUUCGAGAACCCCAACGAGGCCGGAAACAAUAAACAGAAACUCAAAAUACAACAAUCGCUAUCUCAGUACGUGCAUAUCGACUCGAAACUUCUUUCCGUCUCCACGGACAAAAGUGGAGACGUCCCUCAAGCCCUCGAUGAUGAUAUUCUUCUCUCAGUAUUGAGAGAGGAAGGUAAUCGAGUUGAUUUUGUCUUUAAGAAAUCCGGCGCGGCUGAAAUUAAAGACAACAAUAGCUCGUCGUCACCGAUUGUGAUUGACUAA